GCUGGUCCUGACUGGCUGUGUGGUGGUCAGUGUCCUCCUUUCUAUUUACCUGCCCUGAGAGUGGACGCUGCUCUAUUUAUCCUAACAAAUAGGUGUGUGUUUGUGCCUGUGUGGGUGUGUGUGUGUGUGCCUGUGUGGGUGUGUGUGCGUGUGUCACACGUGGCACGGUCAUCAGCUGUACAGUCAUCCCGUGCACCUGGUCCUGGUGUCGCUGGUGCUGACCGGCUGUGUGGUGGUCAGUGUCCUCCUCUCGAUUUACCUGCCCCGAGAGUGGACGCUGCUCUAUUUGUCCUUACAGGUGUACGGUCCUUUUCUGCAACUGACGGCAGUUCUGUUCAUGACGUCAAUCUUCUGGCUGCUGUGUCGACAGUGGUUCAAGCUGCGCACUUACGCGAUAAAGUGUGUGUGGCUGUUGCUGUUUGUGCUGCUGAUGCUAGGGCUGUACUUGUCUCCCCUUGCCGUGGACUCUCCGCUGAUACGCAGCGAGACCCCGCCCAAACCCAACAUUGUGGCACUGGGGGGAGCUGUGCAGGUGGCCCCUGAGAACACACUGAUGGCCUUUCAGAAAGCCCUUGACAUGGGCGUCAACAAAUUGCACACCACUGUACAGAUAAGUGCUGACGGCGUUCCCUUUCUGUUUGGAGACGACACGUUAGAGCGCACCACAAAUGCCGAGUCGUUGCUCCCGGGCAACGCUAGUCUGGACCCCAUGAGGCACACAUGGGUCAACCUGACCAGUUUGGAUGCCGGCUCCUGGUUCCUUGAAGCUGACCCAUGGGACACGGCCGACUCCCUGAAGCAACAAGACAAAGACCUCGUCUCAAAACAAGGUCUCCUGAGCCUGGAGGAUUUCUUGCAGUUUCUCUCCUCUCAGCCGCGACCAUCGGACGAUAUGACAGUUUUCCUCCACUACCGACCUCUGGAUCGGCACCACCAGGGGUUCAAGGACAUAAACGUCGCUGGGCCUCACGUCACGGACAGGGGAGCGGGUUUCAUUAUCAACCCCGUGAUCAACGCCUCAGCUUUAGAUUUAAAAGUGUUUGCGACGCCCGUGACGUCUGACAGACUGAAGGGCGUCCAGGGACUUUUAGAGACUCCACUGUCCAGUGCAGUCGCCAGCCUCGUGUCGCAGAGUGACGUUGCCAUGUUGGAGCUAGGGGAUGUUUCCAUUGAACAUAUACGAGAGUUGCAGAGGGCCAAUGUGAGUGUGGGCGUGCAGGAGGUGAACAGUGAGUGGCUGCUCUCGCUACUGUGGUGUGUUGGGGUCGAGUACGUGGCUACGCACGACAUUGGCGUGUUGCUGGCGCUGGGUUCUCCCGUCUGGAGGAUGAGCAAAGGCGGGUACCUGGCCAUGUGGAUCUCUGUGGAUCUGUUCUCCGUCAUAGUUAUACUGGUCAUGUUUAUAGUGCAGAGAGUUCAAUUGUAUGGAACCAACUUCAGCCCUGAAUCCAUUUCUCUGAACACGGGCCGGGCUCGAACCUCGUACCGCUCACGCACCAUGAAGGAGAAACUUCUGCGUGAGGGAGGGAUCAUAGAGGCGGUGGACGACAUGGAAGGCUCGAACGCAGGCGCUCAGGACGCAGACGGAGGGGUGAUCAACGAACCCGUGUACUGCAUGACCUCGGGCCAUCAGGCUUACUCGCUCACCUCGCUGUCUGCCAUCCGCGUGGAAGACGGGGGUCACAGUGGGGUCGUAGUUCAGGCCGCUAGCGCAGCCCCGCAGCCUUCCUGACACGUGUCGCUUCGUCCUUGACCCCUGCCUGCUCACCACGUGUAGGUGUGUCAGGGGGUCGUUCAUUUAUAGACCAGUGAAUAUCUACGAGGUGCAUGUACUGUGAUAGAGUGGGACAACAGUCGACCUUGUUUGCUCUUUCGGGAGUGUCUUGACGCUGUCAAAUGCAGAAUUAUCCAACAAAUUGCCUGGAUGUUUUGGAUUCAUGUUGAACAACACUGUCACAUUUUUUGUGUGUCAGCAAGCUCUUAUUUUUUGGGUUGUGUUCUGGUUCAGUACAUGCUAUUGAGACUUUAAAGUUCUGUUGAUGGGGCUGUCAAACAUUUGCAGUUAAAAGAUUUUUAAAAUUGAAAUUUGAACCUUUUAGGAUCUCAUGAUCUGUCAUAUCAUCUCGGUCACAAGAAAAAUGCAUAGCUCUGUUUUACCUGUCAGCAAAAAAAAAAUUUAUUAACUUAUUUUUCUGUGGCAGUGACGAUUUCUAACUUUACUGACUAAAGGAUUAGAUUGAAUCUGAUUUUUUCAGUCCUUGUUCAUUUUUCUCUCUCAACAAGGAUAGAUAACUUUACAAAAG